CGGUAGCGAAGAACGGCCCAAGUGGAACAUCUACGGAUGCUUCCCAGGACAAUGUAGAUGACGGCCAGGAUGGCCGUUCUCCACACGUCAAUCAACCCGAGUUUCAAGGGAUAAGCACAUCAGCAUCAGAAGAUUCUGAGGAAGAUUCAGGAGAAGAUUCUGACGAAGUUUCUGCCGAAGUUACUGAAGAUUCUGCUGAGAUAGAAAAGUGGGGGAUGUUAGUUACGUCGAAGGCCACGGAAUGGACGGGUCGAUCCUCGCCACGUGGCACAGCAAUGGAAGAUUCCGACGUUCCGAUGAAGAUUCGGACGCAGUUGCUGAUGAAGAUUCGGACGAAGUUUCCGAAGAUAGUACUGUCGCUGAUAAGUGGCAGAUCUUAGCCACGAGGAAGACCACGGAUUGGGGGAAUCGGUCCUUGCCACGUGGCUCGACAACAGACGAGUCCGAUGAAGAUUCCGAUGAAGAUUCUGUGGAAGGUACUGCAGAUGCUACCACUGACGUGGGUCAGCCAGCGAUGUCAGGUACGGCAAAGGCCACGGGCGAAGCGAAUCAGCCGUCGCCACGUCGGACAAGAACAGAAGAGUCCGGUGAAGUUUCUGAUGAAGCUUCUGAAGAAGGUACUGAAGAUUCUAUUGACGUCAUCGGUAAGUCGACGAUGUCAGCCACGGCAAACGUCACGAACGGGGCGAGUCCGUCCUCGCCAGGCGGGACAAGAACAGAAGAUUCUGAUGAAGUUUCUGAAGAUUCUCCUGAGGCUGAUAAGUGGGAGAUGUCAGGGCCGGCGAUGGCCACAGACUGGGCGGACAAGUUCCUGCCACGUGGCACAAUACCAGUGCAGCGUGAGAGGCAGGUAAUCUCCACGGGGUCCUCUCCGGAUUCAGACUCCAGGAAUGCUUGGGGCGAUGAUGGCCCAUGGAGAAGGCUCCAGUGUCCUCUGGACCCGCCUCCACGAAAGUGGCGUUGAAGGGGGGGUCUCAGUCUCUCAGAGUUUCCCCCCCCCAGCCCCAGCUGCUGCUCUCGGGGGUAAAUUAUUCGUCGC